AUGCCGUACGCCAACCAACCUACUGUGCGCAUCACGGAGCUUACGGACGAGAAUGUCAAGUUUAUCAUCGAGAACACGGACCUCGCGGUGGCCAAUUCUAUUCGGAGGGUCUUCAUCGCUGAAGUGCCCAUCAUAGCCAUCGACUGGGUACAGAUUGACGCCAACUCCUCAGUCCUUCACGAUGAGUUCAUUGCUCACAGACUUGGAUUAAUCCCUCUUAUUAGUGAUGACAUUGUGGACAAGCUGCAGUACUCCCGGGACUGCAUAUGUGAAGAGUUCUGCCCUGAGUGCUCAGUGGAGUUCACCCUUGACGUGCGGUGCAAUGAAGAUCAGACUCGGCACGUCACAUCCCGAGACCUCAUUUCCAACAGCCCCCGGGUCAUUCCGGUCACAUCCCGGAAUCGAGACAAUGACCCCAAUGACUAUGUGGAGCAGGACGACAUCCUUAUUGUCAAACUCAGAAAGGGGCAGGAGCUGAGACUGCGCGCCUAUGCCAAAAAGGGCUUCGGCAAGGAACAUGCCAAGUGGAACCCGACCGCAGGGGUGGCUUUUGAAUAUGAUCCAGAUAAUGCCCUGAGGCACACAGUGUACCCCAAGCCAGAGGAAUGGCCAAAGAGUGAAUACUCUGAGCUGGAUGAAGAUGAGUCCCAGGCUCCCUAUGACCCCAAUGGCAAGCCAGAGAGGUUUUACUACAACGUGGAGUCCUGUGGCUCUCUGCGCCCAGAAACCAUUGUUCUCUCCGCCCUGUCGGGACUGAAGAAGAAGCUGAGUGACUUACAGACCCAGUUAAGCCAUGAGAUCCAGAGCGACGUCCUGACCAUCAACUAGCCGCA